GUUGGUCUGAUGGCUUAUGCUGUUUCCUGGUCAGCCCGCUCAGCCCUCCUUCUGUCUCUUCUGCACUUGUUCUUGUCUGCUCCUCUCCUCUCCCUCCCUUUCCAUGCCAGCUGUGGGAGUGAGGCCCCAGUGCUGGCAGGCUAGAGCCACACAAUGGGCCCUUAGUCUGGGCAAAGAAUCCCUGCAGUGUAUCCCACCCACUGAAGCCCUCUUCCAGGCCCAGGGUGGUGUGGGUGAGGGGUCGAAGCAAUUGGUUGGCAGGACAGGGGAUGGCCUUGGCUGCGGAGAACCCACAGGGCUUUACUAUGUAAAUACUCACAAUAACAGCCUGUUUUCCUACUCCCAGCUCCAUGUCUCCAAGUACUCUCAGAGCUACACAUGGUCUACACUCGUAAGCAUUUGUCUUGGUCCCUUCUCAUUCUUGCUGUUAACAUCUGUAUAUUAUCAUCUCUUUUCUUCUUUUUUUCUAUCUUUUUUCAGAGCCAUGCCCUAUCCUUCUAUUCCUUUUUCCAUCUUCCUUUUUUUGAGGCAGUAGGUCAUGAGAAUCUGAUAGCCUGAUACUUGCCCACUUGCAGUGUAGAUAAACUGGCUUUGAACUUGCCUUGACCCCAUUGCCUGUGUCUUGGAAGGGCUAGGAUUAUAGAUGUGAAACUCUCUCUCUCUCUCUCUCUCUCUCUCUCUCUCUCUCUCUCUCUCUCUCUCUCUCUCUCUCUCUCUCCAAGGUCCCACUAUGUAGCUCCAGCUGUCCUGGAACUCACUAUGAAGAUAUGAAGAUUAAGCUGUCUUUGAACUCGCAGAGAUUGGCCUGUCUCUGGCUCUCAAGUGCUGAGAUUAAGGGUGUGCACCACCAUGCCCGGGUUCUAUGUCUAUUUCUUAUUUCAUUUGAUCAGGCUAUCUAUUUCUUUUAAAACAAAUUUACUUAUUUUUAUUUUAUGUGUAUAAAUUUUUCGCCUUUAUCCGUGUGUGCACUAUGUGGAUGCCUGUUGGUUCCCCUGGAGCCGGGGUUAUGGUGCCACCAUAUUGGUGCUAGGACUCAAACCCCAAUCCUUUGCACUGAGCCAUUUCUCCAGCCCUUCAUCAAGCUGCUUCUUACUCUUUCCUGGUACAUCCCAGAGGUCCCUGAGAUUGCUGUGGAGGUUAUUCUCCCCACUUUACAGAUUUGGAAGCUAAGGCAUUGGUUGUUGGCACUACCGUACGUUUCUCCUUUGUAUGCACUCACUGUGCUCUUGUCCCCAAGGUACCCACCUACCACCUGAACGAGGCAUGGCCGAACAUCUAGCACCCUGGACAGCUCCUGCAAGGUGCGGAGGCGACUGUGCCUUCCUUCUCGCGAGCACUAGUGGAACAGCCUUACGAGCUGAGUGGGAGUCUCGCGAGAGUGGUUGCAGCAGGCAGGGAGGCACGGGAACGCGCGGGCCCGCUUCGGACGCGCGCACACGCUCCCCGCCCCCAAUCCGGGAGCCGCUCGCGGCCGGCUCCGCGCCUGAUCGCCUGGUGCAUCGCAGCUCAGUGCAGCGCAACGCGACUACCUUUCUGCAGCUAAGCGGUCGGGGCUGGUCAGGACAAAGAGUUGUGAGCAGGCUUCCUGAGCUGGCUGGUCCAUCAUGGCAGAGAAAGUGAACAACUUCCCACCAUUGCCCAAAUUCAUCCCCCUGAAGCCAUGUUUCUACCAAGACUUCGAGGCAGACAUCCCUCCUCAGCAUCUCAGCUUAACCAAGCGCCUCUACUACCUCUGGAUGUUGAACAGCGUCACGCUGGCCGUGAACCUGGUGGGCUGUCUCGCGUGGCUGAUCGGAGGCGGGGGAGCCACCAACUUUGGCCUGGCCUUUCUCUGGCUCAUCCUCUUCACACCUUGCUCCUACGUCUGCUGGUUUCGGCCCAUUUACAAGGCCUUCAAGACAGACAGCUCCUUCAGCUUCAUGGCAUUCUUCUUCACCUUCAUGGCUCAGCUGGUCAUCAGCAUCAUCCAGGCUGUCGGGAUUCCGGGCUGGGGUGUCUGCGGCUGGAUCGCCACCAUCUCCUUCUUCGGGACAAACAUCGGCUCAGCGGUGGUGAUGCUCAUCCCCACGGUCAUGUUCACGGUUGUGGCCGUCUUUUCCUUCAUUGCCCUUAGCAUGGUUCAUAAGUUCUACCGGGGCAGCGGGGGCAGUUUCAGCAAAGCCCAGGAGGAGUGGACCACCGGAGCGUGGAAAAACCCACACGUGCAGCAGGCUGCCCAGAACGCAGCCAUGGGGGCUGCUCAGGGCGCCAUGAACCAACCGCAGACUCAGUAUUCUGCCACUCCCAAUUACACAUACUCCAAUGAGAUGUGAGCCAGCCAAGCCCACCAGGAGGCAGGGCUGGGGGCCAGUGGGACAGGGGGCUCAAGCCACAUCAUCUGUGUGGUGACCAAGCAGGGUUCCCCCUUCCCUUUUCUCCUCCCCAACUUUGUACAAAGAAUCAGAGUUAUAUAUAUAUAUAUAUGUAUACGUAUAUGUAUAUGUCUAUCCCCACCCCCACCCUUUGGGUCCUGCCCUUGGCACUCCGAGAGCUGCGUACUGCACAGGAAGUGUCUCUGUGCAUUGGGAGCUGAGUCUAUGUCCCCUUGUGAAAUAACGUGCAGUGGAGAGCUCAUGUCGUGGUGCUAGAUGUAUGUUUAGAACUAAACCAGCCCCUCCAGCCAUCAGGCUGUCCCCUCUGACCCUGGCCCAGGGACUCCACGGGGCAGGGGCAGCCUAGCAGAGAGCCUGGCACCCUGUGCAGGACUAUGAGCCUAAGCUAUUUCUGCCUUUAGUCCCAUUGGGAAGCAACAGUAUUCGUGUUCAUGGUGACAGGCGGGUUCGAGGGGAUGGGACAGAGAGGACGUUCCCUUGCUCCCUGUAGUCCUCCCUCAACGUCCUCCUCCCCUUGUUUCUCCCUCACUGUGAGAUUCUUUGUGCUCAUUUCCCUAGCUGGCUUCCAGUGAUCUUUUUCCUCCCCAUGUGGCUUUUCUUUGUCUUCCGAAGGCUGAGUGUCUCAGUUAUAUCUGCUUUUAAGACUGUCCAGAUCCCCCGAAUCCACUCCCCAGUUCCAGGAAGCUGACGUGAGAGCUGAGCCAACCCUGAUACAGAAGGGGCACACGGGAUGCAGAGCCCAUUUGGCACUUGACACCCAGGGUCUGGAAAUGCAGAACCGGUCUCCAUGAUUGUGGAAGCCUGGCCCACAGAGGCAGCCUUCUCCUUUCCCCUCUCCUGGUUUCAAUCCCUUUCUGCCCAGAUCUGCCUUUAGCUGCUCUGUAUGCCCUGUGGAGCUGGGUCGUAUGAGGCACUUGGAGGUGUAAAGGCACCGGUGGAACGGAGGGUAUGCGACUCAUCUUUGGUCCCUGGGGGAGGGGUGGCUGGCCCCAGCCCAAAGGGCUUCUAGUUUCCCAGAGUGACCACUGGACUCUGGAAGGAGUUGCUGCUCUAUUUGGGUCUGGCAGACAGAAUAGAGGUCAGAGGGCCAGAUCUGAAGGGAGGGGGGUCGGGGAGAGAGGGUGGCCCACCUCUCUAGUCUCACUUAUCCUUGGCUACAGGACAUACUCUGCAGAGUUGCUCCCAGGCCCAGUUCAGGCUGCAAGCACAAUGUCCUGAAUAGGAUUCCUGGUUGACAGGGAGAGGGAAGAAGGGCUCUGCCUUUAGUUUUUAGUUUAGUGGGUUCGGCCCUUCCAGCCUUCUCUUCCAUUCAAGAGCACUACAGGACUUGAUUCCUGGCCUUUCCUUAGUUCUCUUAGUACCCUCAUCUCUCUCUAGACUCAUCUUAGUUCCUGGGACUGUAUCUUUCAAGGGGUGUGUGGACAUUGUCUGGUAGCAUAUCCCUCUCUGUGUGAGGCCUGAGGUGGGUAGGCCUUACCAAGGAGCAGCUGGCUGUUUCUCAUCUUGCAACAGAAACCCACGUGGGCUAGGGAGACUGGAAAACUAUUCCAUGUUGGUUUGCCUUGGAGCCUAAGACCUGGUUUCGGGCCACCUUGAGCUUUGUUUUUUAACUUCUUCCCUGUAAGAGAAACCAAGAGUGUCUGGAAAGUUUCCUUCCUAGUGGCUCCCUAGGCUUUGUUGAUUCUCCCUUUUUGUUUUCUCUAUGAAGAGCAGUUGUCAUAGCUCCUGCUACCCUAAGAGAUUCUAGGGUUAGGCCCUUCCUCUUCCUCCUCCUCCUCCUCCUCCUCUUCCUCCUCCCCCUCUUCUUCCUCUUCCUCCCCCUCCUCUUCUUCCUCCUCCUCCCCCUCCUCCUCUUCUUCCUCCUCCCCUCCUCUUCCUCCUCCUCCUCUUCCUCUUUCUCUUCCUCCUCCUCUUCCUCCUCCUCUUCCUCUUUCUCUUCCUCCUCCUCCCCCUCCUCCCCCUCCUCCUCCCCCUCCUCCUCCCCCUCCUCCUCUUCUUCCUCCUCCCCUCCUCUUCCUCCUCCUCCUCUUCCUCUUUCUCUUCCUCCUCCUCUUCCUCCUCCUCUUCCUCUUCCUCCCCCUCCUCCUCCCCCUCCUCCUCCUCCUCUUCCUCCUCCUCUUCCUCCUCCUCUUCCUCUUCCUCCCCCUCCCCCUCCUCCUCUUCCUCCUCCUCCUCCUCUUCCUCUUCCUCCCCCUCCCCCUCCUCCUCUUCCUCUUCCUCCCCCUCCUCCUCUUCCUCUUCCUCCUCCUCUUCCCCCUCCUCCUCUUCUUCCUCCUCCUCCCCCUCCUCCUCUUCUUCCUCCUCCCCUCCUCUUCUUCCUCUUCCUCUUCCUCCUCCUCCUCCUCCUCCUCCUCCCCCUCCUCCUCCCCCUCCCCCUCCUCCCCCUCCUCCUCCUCCCCCUCCUCCCCCUCCCCCUCCUCCCCCUCCUCCCCCCAGCUCCCUUUCUCUUCGUCCUCUGGUACUUCCAGGAGGGCUGUGAUCCAGCUGCCAGCCUAGCAUCCACAAGUUGUUGGAUGUUACCCCUGUCAAUUUCCUGCCCUAUCUGCCUUUCCUCUUUCCUGGCUCAGACCUAUUGGCCAUGCCUGGCACUGCCCUUGAGAAAGCCUGUUACCAGUGUCUGGCCCAGCUGCUCAGGCCCUGGGAUGCUGCAUCUCCAGGCAACUAUGCACUUUCAUGAGGAGGGAAUGAGAGAAAUGGGGCUGUGCACAGAUGGCUUGCUUGAGGGGUGGGAGGGCCCAGUUGAUGCUGGGGAUCCUCCUGUCUGUUGCCAGCUUUUGCAUUCUGGUGCCCACUGCCCCUUGUUUCUGAGAGACACACGCUAUCCCCUCGUUGGCAGUUGACCUGCCUGAGCCAGUGUCUAUCUGUGUAACUGGAUGAACAUAAUAAAGGGGAUCAUUUGA